AUGCCCUCCACUGAGGUCUUUUUGCGCACGUUCAGGAAAAACGCGGCUGUGACUGUGACAUCACGCAUCACAUCGGGACCAUCUCCGAAUCUCGACCUUCAAUGGAAGACAUCUCCACCGGCUCGGACUCUGACUACUCGAGGUCGGUCCCCCUCACCCAGUGCUGUGCUGUCGCUCACAUCUUCACAGCACCGUAAAAACCCACCCUUGCCCCACACGCGGUUAGCUGACGAGCUGCAGUGGAUUUCGUGGUUCCUGUCGUCGAAGGGGAAUGAGUACUUCUGCGAGGUCGACGAAGACUUCAUUCUCGACCGAUUCAAUCUGACUGGCCUCAACAACGAGGUGGCCAACUAUGCACAAGCUCUGGACUUGAUAACGGACCAGCUUGACGACGAAGUACAAGAGGAGCUGCGCGGGUCGCUGGACACUCAAGCACGACUUCUUUAUGGUCUGAUUCACGCUCGAUGGAUAGUAACUGCGAGAGGGCUUGCCAAAAUGGUCGAAAAAUACAAACGUGGCGACUUUGGGCGUUGUCCCCGCGUGCUCUGCCACGCUCAACCUCUUUUGCCCGUGGGCAUUGUCGACAUACCCUACGAAAAGUCCGUCAAGCUCUUCUGUGGACGAUGCGAGGACCUCUAUUCGCCAAAAUCAUCUCGCCAUGGCUCCAUAGAUGGUGCAUACUUUGGCACCACCUUCCCCCAUCUGCUCUUCCUCGUAUACCCUGCAAUUAUCCCCCCUAAAGUCGGUGUCCCGCUUGACUCUACCGGUGAGGCCCGCGGCGGUACAGGAGCUGGUUCAACUGGCGCGGCAGCUACUGCUGCUAGCGCCAGGAGGCGAACGAGGGAAAGGGAGAAGGAGGAGCUGCUGCCAGAGGUGACCGGCACCGACUCUGUUGGCGAGGGAAUCAGUACCGCGAGUGUUGCGCUCAAGGCAGAGCGCUACAGACCAAAGAUAUACGGCUUCCAGGUGCACGAGACCGCAAAACUGCAACGCUGGCAGGAGGCGAUACGGGAUAGGCAGGUUGCAAAACUCGAGGUUCUGGAGGCACGGGGGAGCGCAUAG